UGGGGCCGGUGUUGUGUCACGUGAGGUGUCUCUUCUAAAAACAUGGCCACAACUAAAUAGCACAGAACAAAACAGCAUCCGACUGACUGUCGUCUGUCUGCUAACACGCUUCAUUAAGCAUAGGAAAACAUGGUGGACCUAAACGUCGCCCCGCUUGUUUGUUCUCGCCUCGUAACGUUUCUCUAGUCCCACUUCAUGAUGCCCGAAACCGCCGCUGAACCGUUAGCUUAAUGCUAGCUAGCUGUCAACUGCUACAAACGGAAUCCUUGUGGGAGACAUCAAGGUGAAUGCAGCAGGACACUUUGCGACUGUUAACAAGCAUCAGAAACUCACCAUGGAUUGGCUGAUGCACGCCGUCGAGAAGGACUUGGGGGUUGACCGGCGGCAGCAAGGCCCAGGUCCCCGUGCCAGGGAGCUCAUUGCCCUUGUUCCCACACGCUGGGUGACCAGUCUGAGGGAGAUGAGGCUCAUGCGCUGUGCCCGCUUCGAUAGUAUCAGCGAGCCGGAAAUCCGCACAUACCUUCAGUGUUCCCAGGCAAAGUUGCCCCCUGGCUGGACACGAGUGUGCAUUCAGGGUCUGAGGAAAAGCAAGCUCGGCUACAGAUUGGCCAGAGACCCAUGCCAUCAGCAGACGGAGUUCACGUCACAAGAGUCUUAUGUCAAAACCAUGCAGUAUGUGUCGCAACAUAAUGUCAGGAAUCUGUGGCGUGACGCUCAUUCCAAACAUGUGCAACCCUAUUCAGGAGCCAAUGAGCAGAUGCAUAUUGCAGCUGUAGAUGCAGUGCGUCAGGCAUUACAGAAGCUCUUCAAUUCCCCAUUCAUCUCAGCUGACAGAAUGUCACCAUCUCUUUCCCCGGCUAGAGAGAAGGAGAAAGAAAACAACUUGUCAUCCGGUUCAUUGUGCUUUUCAAAGUCCCAGCCGGACCAUCCUUGUCCCAACGUUCUGCCUGCAGAUUGUCUGCUGGAGACAGCAGAGAUGCUCUACGUUAUUCUACCCUAUACUCAGUAUUCACUCCAUGAUAUUGUCUCCUUCAGCCCAGCCAAGCUCGCAAACAGCCAUGCCAAAGUGUUGUUCAUUCUGUACCAGGUACUAAUAGCCCUGCAGGGAUGUCAUGCGUCAGGUCUGUCUUGUGGAGAGCUCUCGCUGAUGGACAUAGCUGUAGAUGAGCAGCUCUGCAGCCGUCUCAAGCUCAACCUAGCCCAUUACGAGGAACUGGGUCCGGAAGGGGAUGCAAUCAGCGAUGUUACAGGCAAACGAGUGCCAAAACCUGUCCUGCCAAGGAGCAAGUCAUGUGUGAGCCAAGGGAACAAAAGACUUUGCAAAGACUGCUUUGAUGAGCUUAAGAAGUUGGUUCUGGACUGGGUCCACGGGCGAGUCAGUAACUUCCGCUACUUGAUGGAACUGAACAGGUUGGCAGGACGGCGUGAAGGUGACCCUAAUUAUCACCCAGUGCUGCCAUGGGUGGUUGACUUCACUGGGCCAUUUGGAAAAUUCCGAGACCUGAGGAGGUCAAAGUUCAGGCUCAACAAAGGGGAUAAGCAGCUGGACUUCACAUAUGAGAUGACCAAAGAGGCUUUGGCCGCUGCAGUGGGUAAUGGGGUGGGUGUAGGUGGUGUAGGUGGGGACCUUGGUGGCUCCGGAGGUGGCGGUGGUGCUGGACCUUCUGACCAUCUCCAUGUACCUCAUCACAUAUCUGACGUUCUCUCAGACAUAACCUACUACGUCUACAAAGCGCGACAAACGCCCAAGUCGGUGUUGUGCAGCCAUGUUCGAUCCCAGUGGGAGCCCAACGAAUACCCAGCCAGCAUGGAGCGCAUGCAGUGCUGGACCCCCGAUGAGUGCAUUCCAGAGUUCUACACAGAUCCCUCCAUUUUCCGCUCGAUCCACCCCGACAUGCCAGACCUGGAAGUGCCUUCCUGGUGCAAGUCGUCUGAAGAGUUUAUUGAGGUGCAUCGGCGCCUCCUGGAGAGCAGAGACGUGUCCCAAUACUUGCAUCACUGGAUUGAUCUCACAUUUGGCUACAAGCUGUCUGGUAAAGAAGCUGUCAAGGCCAAGAACGUAUGCCUGCACUUGGUUGACAACCACACCAAUCUGACUACCUACGGCGUAGUUCAGCUGUUCGACCAGCCCCACCCACCACGCCAAUCUCCAAGUCAGUACGCCCCAGCAGAACCUCCAGUCCUUGGCCUUGCUGCUCUCAAUGUGCCUUCGUUACACAUCCCUCAAACCGACACCGUAGCUGACUCUGUGGAUGGACUGGUGCCGGAGUCAACCGGGUGCGAGUCGAGUGGCUGGACCAUGGUAGACAGGGAUGAAGAUCUGGAACAAGGCAUGGAAGCCCUGGACUCGUUAGCGUCUGCCGGCUCAUCCGGCUCUGCUUCCUGCUCUGUGCCAAUGCCCGGCGUCGGUGCGGCAGGAGGAAAGAUGGGAGGAGAGCACACAGGGCAUAUCACGUCGCAGUCCCCGAGUUCGUUCUCCGGGGAAUUUGCGAGCGGCGCGGGCCCUGGCUUACGCGGUGCCAUGUUACAGAGAGGCGGGCCGACCAACAGAAAGCACACGGAGGGCACUGUGUCUGCCACCAAUGCCGAGGAAGUGAAGAUCCUCCUCCCUGAAGGCUUCAACCCGCUGCAGCCUUUGGAUGAGCUGGAGAGGUUGAACAAUUUCCUGGUGAAGAGUCUGCGCGCCGAAGUGGGGCCUCCUGACUGCACGAGGGACGGCGUCACCGUUGAAUCGCUUCCCUCUCUCACACGGCUCUAUCAAAGGGACAUGCAGGCCCUCGGCGUUGUCAUCGCCGAGAUGUUCUACCCCGCUAAGCUGAGGGGACUGAAACCCGGCACCCCCCUGAGACAGCGGUUCCAGGCUGUCAUGAAGCUGUGCUCGGCCAGCCUGCGCGAUGUGCCACUGUCAUUGCAUUACGCCCUAAAAACACUGCUGCUAAUUGAGAAGCACUCUGGAACGGCACAAACAGAAGAACCAGAUUGCCCCCGCCCACUCCUUUUCAGAUACGAACCCAUCUGGGAUGGUCUCCCUCCCCCAAACCCCUGCCAGCUACUGAACUCGAUCAUCUCGCCCUUUCCUUUCCCUCCCUACUUUGCACCCCUUCAUCGUUUUAUCUUUUCCUACCACGCCACCAUGGAGACCACGUGCGGUCUUCAAGGUAGAGAGGUUGUCUUCCAGCUGUGGCAGCAGCUGGAGACACUGUUGCGGGGGAACAUCACGGCCGAGGGCCUCGAGAUCCUCUUACCCUUCAUUCUGGCCCUCAUGCUUGAGGAGUCCACUGCAGUUUAUGCUGCCUGGUACCUUUUCGAGCCCAUCUCUCGAGUGCUGGGUCCCAGAAAUGCGAACAAGUACUUACUGAAGCCACUUGUUACCGUUUAUGAAAACCCUCACUGCCUGCGUGGACGCUUCUAUCUCUACACAGACUGUUUCAUUCUGCAGCUAAUAGUGAGGCUCGGCCUGCAGGCCUUUUUGUCCAGCCUACUCCCCCAUGUGCUGCAGGUCCUCACUGGCUUCGAGAGCUGCCUCUCCAGCUCUAGGGAGGCUUGCAAAGGGCUGAGGGACGGCACGUGUAACCUAAGAGAGGAAGAGGAAGAGGACUUUCAGUGUGGCGAGGUGCGGUCGGCUUCCGGGUCGGUCAGCGCAAAUAUGGGAGGUGGCAGCGGGGCCAGCGGAGGAGUCGGCGGGGUGGGGGACACUGGGAUGGUCGAUUACUCCUCUGGCGUCAGUCUCAAUGACCAAGUGUUCAUGUCAGAGGCAGAGGAGUUUCAGAACGGGUUCUAUGUAAACAGUGCAGCAGGGGCGGCUUCUGGGAAACAUCAGAGCCAGAACUCUGCCGCCAGGGAUCAAGACCAGGAGUCUCAGAGCGUGGGGAAACUAAGCGACAAAAGCAGCACAAGUGAGCUCUCGUUGGGUGAUGGGGACUCAAUGAGGGACCGAGCCAGUCUCAAAUCGUCCAACAGCAGCCAGGACCUGAAACAGGCAAGUGAGGGAGAGGAGGGAGGAGAACUGGAGACAGAGGAGGUGACUGGGGCUAACGGGGGUCGAAAGGGGACGGAGGACCCUGCCACUGCCAGCCCGGGACUAACGCUCUCUGGCUGCACUGAUGCUUCAGGAGCUACAACGGCCACUCUGCAGGGGCACUUUGUGAACGGAAUGGCACCGGAAGAGACUGAGAAAGGCGUCGUGGGAGAGCAGGAGGAGGAGGACCACGAUGCAUCUGACGAGUCCGGGGAGAAAGAGCAAAAGAUUCUUCUAGAUACAGUCUGCAAAACGGUCCGGUGGCUUUCGGCAACGCUCGGACCUACGGUGACUUCUCGAUACGUCGCCAGGAAUUUGCUGAGAUUGCUCACAAAUUGUUACAUUGGACUUGACAAACAUCAGUUUGUGUCCGUGGCAUCUGAGGAGAGCAGGCAGGAGAGUGUGGGAAUGGGCAGCGUUUAUGAGAAGAAACCGGUGGUUGGUGACCAGACAGCCGGACCCGUGUUAGAGUGUCUCAUCUACAUAGCUCAGCUUUAUGGAGAACCUGUGCUAACUUACCAGUACCUGCCUUAUAUAGGAUAUCUGGUUUCUCCACCUUCUUCGCAGCGUCUUAACACGCGUAAGGAGGCAAGUCUGCUUGGAGCUGUUGCCCUUACGCAGAAGAUCAUUGUCUUUCUCUCCGAUACCACACUUAUGGACAUGCUAAUGAAGAUCAACCAAGAUGUGCUCCUCCCUCUGCUGGAUUUGCUGACCUCCCCUCGCAUGGGGUUCCCCAGCGGGGUGCAGACACGCACCGCCGUCUGCCUCAAGACACUCAGCCUGAUGGCUCUCAUCUGUCUGCGCAUCGGGAGGGAGAUGGUGCAACAGCAUAUGGCCGAAACUCUGCGUCGCUUCUUUGCCGUUUUCUCUCUGCUGCAUUUUCUGCAGGCCCAGCUGGACAGCGCCCCUUGUAGAGUUGUGGGAGAAGUCACAGUCGUGGACGUCUGCACCCCUGAAGAGACAAAUGUGACGUAUGAGUUGGCGGUGUUAGAGGAGCUACAGACUGUAUUCAACCCUGAGAUGGCCCAUGCCUCCUACAUCCCCUUCUACUGCCUCAUAGGGGACAUGGCAAUACGGAAACUGGUUCCCAACCACGAGCUGGUCUGGCAGUUAGCCCAGUCCUACCACCAGAGUUUGCACCAAGGGAGUUCAGAGACGUCCACGGCGGAGGUAGCCCCGUCCUCCACCAACGUCCCCUCUGGUUUUGCCAGACCUAUCGGCUGCAACCCAUUCCCUGCACCCUCGACUAGCUCCACCUCGCCGGGAGACUCCCUCCCUGAGUCGGGCACGUUUGGCAGCCACCUGGUAGGAAACCGUAUCCAAGUGUCCCGGGACACCGAUUAUGACAGUAGCCGAAACCUUGGUUUGGCCAACUCUUGGGGACGAUCCAGCCACACCAACACCACCACCAGCACCACCAGCACCACCACCGCCUCCAGCCUCACCACUCCGUCCUUUGGCACGGCUUCCGUCUCUUCCUCCUCCUACUCCUGGGUGAAGGGCCCUACUUCAGAGGACAGUGCACUGAAGCAAGAGCUCCCUCGCAGCGGACGCUCCCUGCAGGGCAACUGGCUGGCCUACUGGCAAUACGAGAUUGGCCUCAACCAGCAGGAUCCACAUUUUCACUUCCACCAGAUACGACUGCAGAGCUUCCUGGGUCACUCGGGCACCACAAAGUGUUUGGCCCCGCUGGCUGGAGAGGAUUACUUCCUCUCUGGAAGUAAAGACAAGACGGUGAAGCUGUGGCCCCUCUAUAACCACGGCGAUGGAACGCAGGAGGUGGAGCCCCGGGUUACGUACAACGACCAUCGAAAGUCCAUCUUCUACGUCGGACAGCUAGAGGCUUUGCAAGAGGUUGUCAGCUGCGACGGAACGGUGCACCUGUGGGACCAGUACACAGGCAAACAGAUCCGCUCGUAUGAAGCCGUGGACGGAAAGAAUCCCAUCACAGCGGUCACCACCAUGCCAGCGCCACACUGCAGUGUGGUGUUUGGCAGUGCGGAUUCUAUUCUACGCUUCAUCGAUCCUCGCAAGCCUGGCCUGCAGCAUGAGUUCCGUCUGGCAUACAACAACGUGAGUGCCGGGCUCAUCCGCUACCUGGCGGUGAGCCCUUCAGGGCGCACCGUGGCUGCAGGUUUCUCGUCUGGCUUCAUCGUUCUGCUCGAUGCACGCACUGGACUUAUUCUAAAGGGCUGGCCGGCCCACGAGGGAGAUAUCCUCCAAAUGAAGGCUGCAGAAGGAAACUUGGUGAUCAGCUCCUCCACUGAUCACACCCUCGCUGUGUGGAAAGAUCUGGAGCACAAGCCUCUUCGCCAGUACAAGUCGCAGUCCGACCCCAUCCACGCUUUCGACCUUUACGGUUCUGAGAUAGUGACCGGAACGGUGGCCAACAAGAUCGGGGUGUACUCCAUGGCCGACAUCUCCCUGAGUCCCGUCAGCAGCACCAAGCUGAGUUCGGAGAACUUCCGUGGCACUCUGACCAGCCUGGCGGUCCUGCCCACCAAGAGGCUGCUGCUGCUGGGCUCUGAGAACGGGGCCAUCCGGCUGCUGGCUUAGGGAGGAUCAAUGGCUAAACACUCGUUGACCCUGAAAGUGUCUUAUUCCUGAAGAACCCAGAUGUCUGAGCUUUCAAAUGCACUGAUUGAACUAUGCAGUAUUUUUUAGAUCAAAUCACUUUUGUUUGUUUGUGUUAGCGUCCGUGUUUCCUAAAGAGUUGUUUCUCAGUAGAUUAUUUGUACGCCAUGAACAAUAAAAGUACAUCCGCUGCUCAGCCGGCUGUCCUGGUGCUUCUGGUCACCGUGGAGACGCUGUCAACUGUCAUGGCUUACUGAUGCAAAGCCUUUAUCCUCCUGCACGAGUAUGGCCUCAAUCGUGACAUUCAGAUCCUCCCCCAGUUUUGGGAUAUUUUUUACCCACUAAUGAAUUACUUGAAUUUGCGUUGCAAUUUUUUUAACCAGGUUUGGAAAUUCUUGAUUUAGCGGUCAGACCCUGUAGCAACGUUACACUGGGAGUGUAUUUAAGCAGGUGCCACUCUGACUGCUUAUGCCAGUUAUUAGACUCACAACUUUACUCGUUUAUGAUAGCUAACACAAACAACAAUGCCAAGAUACACAGUUUUAUAUUUAGUCAUUUAUAUUAAACUGCAUAUAUAUGUAGAGAUCAUGUAAUCAAAUGUUAAUUUACUCUUUACACGUGUAAUGCUAAUGCAUAUUUCGGUAUAGUUGUACGCUCACAAAAAUCAUAAUGAAUCUGAGUCUUCAAAGGACGUUAGCAUCACAUAAUCAAAGCUCUUCCUUUAUAUGAUUUCAUUGCUUUCAUGUUGUAAAGUGCAGUUUGCCUACUUUUCUAAUUAUUUUCCCAGAACUCCAAAUAAUCAGUCAUGUAUAUUUAACCUUUUGAUAUUUAGUAUUUUUUGUAAAAGUAAAAGUUUAAUGAUCUUAAAAGAACAAACAUUUUUUUGAAAAGAAGCUUUGUACUUGCAUAUUGAUAAUUGGUUGCAAUAGCUGCAGCUAUUUGAACAUUUUUUCCUUGGAAAAACGCUUAUUUAUUAACUGGACAAAUAAAA